AUGGAUAACUCCGUGAUCGGGUGCCUUGCAUUCUAUUUUUUUACAGAUAAGGAGUCUAACUACAUGCGCAAUGAAGCAUUAGGAAUGGUUGAAACACGCGGACUUAUCGGCGCGGUUGAAGCUGCCGAUACUAUGGUGAAAGCCGCAAACGUCAAAUUAGUUGGAAAAGAGCAAGUUGGUGGCGGUUUUGUCACUGUUAUGGUUCGUGGAGAUGUUGGUGCGGUGCAAGCCGCGACGGAUGCUGGGGCAGAAGCCGCGAAAGCGGUUGGUGAAUUGGUAUCGGUACACGUCAUCCCUCGCCCACAUUCAGAUGUGGAGACUAUUCUCGGCGGUGGCUCGGAAGAAGCGAAGAGUCCCAGCAAAUAA